CAGCUGGAGCGUUUUCCCCUCCUGUGGGUUGUUUCUGUCUCUGCAUUAUUGAUUCCCGGAGGCUGCCGCUGCUGGCCAAUAGGCUCCCGAUUUCAAAGGGAAGGCAGCAGAUGAAGUGAUGAGAUUCGUGUAACUUUUGGAUGACCCCCUCCUUGACAAAGACAGUCUCCAUCAAUUGUCCUCAGUCAUUAUUCGCAGCCUUUAUGCCAGGGGGCUUUUUGUAUCUUUUGUUGGUAUCUCUGUUGAACACCGUGCCUUCAAGUUACAAUACACAAACUGAAAUAUUUGUGAUCAUCUUAGAUUUAAAAAAAAACAAACAUCUGUUCUCUUCUUUUGGACCCUCUCACAAUUUCAUAUCUGUGUAUUUUUUUUAAUGAUUUCAGAUGUUCAAUUGAAGAAAGAAUGUGUAACUUUCCUGGGGUUUUUACAGAAUCACUUUUUAUUUCCUACCGUGCAUGCACUUUUUCUUUGCCUUUUUCCCAGCAAGGUUUAAUUUUAGGGUGCCUGGAGUAAGUAGAAAUGCAUUUAGUUGUAUGUUUACCCGUGUUUGGACCAGCAUCACCUCUAUUGGCCGAUCUGGUCACAUGGUUCGCUAACUUUAUUCAGUUGACACCAAGUAGGAGGGCUUUAUGGAGGGAGGAAAAAAAGACAACUCGAGAAAAAUUAGUAUUUUCUACCUUCAGAAAUUAAUGGCCAUGAGUUCGUAUAUGGUGAACUCUAAGUAUGUGGAUCCCAAAUUUCCUCCCUGCGAGGAAUAUUCACAAAAUAACUAUAUACCUGAGCAGGGCUCGGACUACUACAGUCCAUCGCAGGACACAGACUUUCAGCAUCCAGGGAUCUACCCACGGUCAAACUACACGGAGCAGCCCUUCAGCUGCAACACGGGGCAGGACUCCACAGUGCAGCCACGGGGUCAUGUGCACGAGAGAUCCGGCCACCCGGGCCAUUUUAGCGCACAGACUGAGCAGGGGGCCCCGGUCCAGGCGGCCGGACCCCGGACUUGUGGACAGCAGCAAAACACAAAGAGCCAAAAUGGGAUACAAGCCAAACAGCCCGCAGUAGUUUACCCCUGGAUGAAGAAAGUUCACGUAACUACUGUGAACCCGGAUUACACAGGAUCCGAGCCCAAGCGGUCCAGAACCGCGUACACCCGGCAGCAGGUUCUGGAGCUGGAGAAGGAGUUUCAUUUUAACAGGUAUCUGACCAGGCGGCGGCGGAUCGAGAUCGCGCACACGCUUUGCCUCUCCGAGAGGCAGAUCAAAAUCUGGUUUCAAAACAGACGGAUGAAGUGGAAGAAAGAUCACAAACUCCCCAACACGAAGGGCAGAUCAGCACCAGCCUCCAGCCAUCUGCAGAGCAUCCACAAGGACAACCAGACUGAUAUCACAGCAUUAUAAGACAACGAGGGGUCCUGUCUUCACGUUCACGCUGUACAUAAAAAGACAAAGGUUGCAUCUGAUUUUUUUUUUUUUUUUUUGCAUGGACUUAUUUUUUUCCAUUUUUCUUCCUUUUUUAAUUUAACAAUUACCCAACAGUGUUGACUCAAGACUGAGUCAAAAAAAAAAAAAUCAAUGUCAUUAAAACUGAGAGGUUUGCAAGUAGAUCCUCGUUUCUUUUGUUGGAAUUUCCCUCAAAGAGACAGAAAAUUACAUCGAAACUUGUCCUUUUUUUUUAAUUAUUAAAAAAUAUUCUUUGGACGUUUUCGGCCCUGAGGACAUUAAAUAAACAAACUCGACUUGAUUUCUUGGAUUUAAAGGAGCUGCCUGUGCUUUCCUCGGACCCUCAGUUCAAGACAGGGGAGGCCAUUCGUUACAAUUCCACACGCACAAAGCUUAUUUUAUUUUUAUUUUUUUCUUUUCUUCAGUAGAAAGCUCACACAUAAACGCACAAUGAAUAAAUAAAUAGCUAUAUAUAUAUCUCUCUACUUGAAGGAAACAUUAUUUGCAUAGAGCACGCCAAACACUCGACCUCCUUUCGUACUUUUGCAAGAUUUCCCGAUGAAUGUUUCAGUUUUUUUUUGUGACUUGUAUGUUUUAACUUAUUUUGUACAAAAAAAAAGAUAGCUUUGAAAUUUUGUUCGCCUAAAUAUUAUUCCCAAACGUAAGACAUUCCUGUGUGCAUACUAUUCAGAGUGCCCUUAUAAAUCUCCCCUGACAUCUUUGUAAACAGUGUACAUUUUCUGAGGCUCUCUCAUGCUGGUUUGAAAAGAUCAUUUGUUCCUGCAUGGCAUCGAAUUGAUAUUGGAUGUUUCUCAUCAGGAAUAAUCAAAUCCUGAAUAUUUAGGAGUAUAAUUGUUUGUUUUUUUCCCAGCGAUUUUCAUUAUUUAUUUGUUUAAAAGAAAACGUGUAAAUUUCGUAUAGCACACAGUUUAAUUGAAAGUAUUCGUUGAGCGGUUAUUAUUCUGAAAUAAGUUUGAACUCUUGUGCAUGGCUUUAUGCAGGGAAAAAAAAUUUAGUCUUAGUUAAAAUGGGAAUCUUUUCAGGGUUUUUUUCCCCUCCAUUGAAGCUUUCCGAGGGGAGGCUUUCAGAUCACCUUUCAAGACACACAUUUCUUGUUUUUUACCGUCAUUGUCUUCGGACACACACAUAAAAAAAAAAAAAAAAGCCCAGAAGCUCUCCCA